UAGCAGCUCUACACCAUGUGUGCAGUAAAUUAUCCUAACUCCACGCGUCCAUUUCUUUCCGCCAGGUAUCGAAUCCAACAGGGAAGCUUCGACGAUUUUGCCAUCGACAACCGGACCGGGCUGGUAACGAUUGCCCGCAAGCUGGACUACGACCGGCGAAAUACCUACCAGAUGGAGAUUGUGGCGGCUGACAUGGGAACGCCGAGCCUCUCGGGUACCACCACCCUGACGGUCAGCAUCAUCAACAGUAACGACAAGGCACCAUACUUCACGCCAACCACUCAGCGGGCGGAGGUACUGGAAGAUGCUCCGGUCGGUACGCUGGUGCACAGUCUGGUUGCUCUGGAUCCGGAUGUGGCUUCCAGUGAGGCCUUGGAUUACACAGCGACCGAACCCAUCACCGCGGUCGAUAAGAAUGGCAAGGAAGUUAGCGAUUCGGAAGAUUUCAAGGAUAUGUUCACCAUCGAUCGGACGGGAAAGGUGAUUCUGAACAAAAAGCUACAACGUGAUGACUUUGCGGUUAUACGGAUUACUGUGCUCGUAACGGACACAACGGCUCCAUCAAUUCAGCAGGGAGAAGGUCUUCUCAUCAUCACAAUCAUUGACGUCAACGAGGAGCCACCGCUCUUCGUGCCACCAUGGACGCCGGCGGAUCCUCGCUACCGAUUCCAGGUGCUCGAGGAACAACCGAUCGGAACCAUCCUGACGACGAUGCAAGCAACAGAUGCAGACUCCACGGUCGCCGAGUACCGGAUGACAGAUAACAGCUAUUUCGAGAUAAACAACACAACAGGACUCAUUCGCAGCAAGGCUCGCAUCGACUACGAGCAAGUUGCCACGAUAAGAUUCAACGUCACCGUCGUAGACACUGGCAUACCCCAUCUAUCCUCCACGGCCGAGAUAACGGUCGACAUCACCAACUCCAACGACAACGAUCCGAUAUUCGAGGAACCGGAAUACCAGAUGGCUGUGCUGGAAAAUGCCCCCGUCGGAACGGUCGUAGGCUCGGUGACGGCACGGGAUGCUGAUCUGGGACCGUACGGGGAGAUAUACUACACACUAGUCGGCGACCAUAGUGUCCACUUUGUCAUCGAUCCGGAUACCGGUGUCAUUUCGGUUCGCAACAGCACCGCGCUGGAUCGUGAGCGAGAAUCUGAAAUUAGCCUCACUGCAAUUGCCGCCGACCGGGCGUCGGAUGCGAUUCGGCGCUCCACAACGGCACCGGUUAGCAUUAAAAUCCUGGACGAGAACGAUAAUGCGCCUACCUUUUCGCAGAAAAUUUAUCACGCAACGGUAGCGGAGAAUGCGGCACUCAAACCUCCGGCAGCAAUUUUGCAGGUCAGUGCCACCGAUCCGGAUGAUGGCGCAGCAGGAGAUGUAAAAUAUAGCAUCAUUGGCAGCAAUAUUGAAAAUACUUUCCGUCUAGAUGCCAACUCUGGUAUCCUGUAUCCGGGCGUCAGCUUACUCGGCUUGAAUGGACAAUACCGGAUUGAAAUUGAAGCUCGCGACGGCCUCGGGUCCGGUCCGCAUAGCGAUACGGCCGUUAUAAUGAUCGAAAUACAAAGCAUCAAUCAGCAUCGGCCCGUUUUCAUUAUGCCGGCACUGUACAACGCAACGGUGGAAAUUCCUGAGAAUUUAGCCAUGACGGAUUAUCUCGUGAUGACAGUGAAAGCGACCGACAACGACGACGGAACGAAUGGAAAAGUGUUGUACCAUUUGCAGGUCAACAAUCAGAACGUUCAGCAAACGGACGAAUUCGCCAUCAACGAGAUGUCCGGCGAACUGCGCAUUCGAAAACCGCUCGAUCGAAAGAAACAGUCUCGCUUCGAGUUGAUCCUCGUGGCCCGCGAUCAGGGCACUCCGGCUUGGUUCGAAACGCUGCGCUUCCUAACGGUAUUGCUGGUCGAUGUAAACGAGAAUCAUCCCGAAUUUCCGGACGCCUCAAAUCCAUACAAAUUUUUUAUCACGGAAAACAGUCCGCGGGAUAUCCGAAUCGGAAAGAUUCAGGCUUUCUAUGAUAGUACCGAUCCGAAAAUCUACUAUUACAUACUUUUGGGUAACGAAGAUGGGGGAUUUUACGUGGACAAAAUUACGGGCGAUAUUUACACAAAUAAGUCGUUGGAUCGGGAAGAAUCGGAUGUGUACGCUUUGUACAUACUAGCUAGCAAAAAGCCGGAUCUGUUGAUUACUGCGAGAGAUAGGAUGAUGAUGUCUAUCAAGAAGCUGGAAAGAGAUAGUACGGUUGCUAAAGUGUGGAUUACAGUGCUGGAUGUCAACGAUAAUCCGCCUGUAUUCAAGCAGGAUAUUUACUACGCAGGGAUCAGUUCGAAAGCAUCAAUUAACGAGUUGGUAACGGUUGUGAACGCAACCGAUCGAGAUUUAGGAGUAAAUUCUACAAUGGAAUUGUUCAUCAGUGGUUCUUUUUUGUACAAAUACAAUGCUCUGAAGACAACCGGCAGCAUCGUUCCCAGUCCUUUCGCAAUAGGCAAGGAAGGUCGGAUUACUACGGCCAACUACAUGGCUGAAUAUAACCAGGAUAGGUUCAUUUUGGAAGUCGUUGCCAAAGAGGUAGAGUCCCCCGAGCGAGUCGCAACUGCUAAAGUGUACGUUUGGAUUUUCAAUCCGGAGCAACUGGUGCGAGUAAUUCUGUCCAGGCCACCCUCGGAAGUGCACAUGGAGCGAGACGAGAUCAUAUCUGAGCUGUCCAAUGCUACCCAGAAGCUCAUAGUGGUGGAUGAAAUUCGCUACCAUGUGGAUAGUUUGGGCAGGAUACGAAUGGAUUGGUGUGAUAUGUACUUCCACGCAAUCGACAUGACCACGCAGAUGAUUGUUCCGGUGGAAGAAGUCCUGAGGGAAAUCGACGCUAAAUAUGAUUUCUUGCAGGAUUACAAUGCUGGCUUUUCGAUUGAAAACGUGGUCCCGGCUUAUGCAACCAGCGUGCAGGAUGAGUUCGAUCUGGCCCUGGCAGCGAUAAUCGCAUUGUUGAUAGUAUUGUUUGUUGGUGCAGUGAGCUUCAUUGUCCUUUGCUGCUGUCUCAAGCACUGGGUCAUAACGAUUCCAAGCGAGACCAGAAGAAAGGAUGCCCUAAUCAAAAAGCAGAUUAUCGAGGAUUUGAAUACCACAGAGAAUCCACUCUGGAUUGAGCAAAAAUUAAAGCUCUAUGAGGAGCAAGAGCUGACGAUGCAAGUAUUUUCGGAACCAGAACUAACACAACAGCAGCAUCAGCAACAGCAGCAGCAGCUGAACAGUGCAAACACAACGUCAUCCUCAAUCAAUCAGGAGCAGGCUCUGGUACUGGGGUUGGACCGGCGAGAUUCCUACGAACUGUCCCAAGGUGGUGGUGACAAUACGUACGCUACCAUACAGCCGCGGAAUUUCGCGUCCACUCUGAGCACGGUGCUGGGCAGUGGGAUCGGUAGUGGUUCCGGUGGUGGCGGAGGAGGUGCUCUCGUAACUGCCGGCACCGGUGGCCUUGGACUGAGCGGAGAGAUGUCGGAUUAUGCGACGCUUCGGAAUAGCAGAGCACCAUCGAUGUACGAAUUCCGAGGGUCAACGUUUCAGGUGCAGCAGCUAACCGGCGGAGAUCAACCGGACUACGUGACGGAACUAAUUUAAGAACAAGUUUUUUAGAACAUUCCACACUGUAGUAUUUAGUUUAAAACAAAACCCACACAGCUAGCAGUAGAUAUCAUUAGUGCGUAAAUGAGGUUUGUAAUAGGCAGGCAGCGCUCCCUGAAGGAAAAUUUCGAUAGCUAAGCGCCAUCGUGGAGUAUUUCUGUGUCAUUGUGUAACACUAACAGAGAGUAAGGAGGACCUCCCACAAUGCCAAGUUGAACCAAGUUGACAACAGGAAAUUAGGAAUGCGAAAAUAAAAACAAAAGACCCACGAAUGCUCAAUUUGUUAUACUGUGUUGAAUACUCAAGGCAACCUUAGUGAAGGAUACCAUGUGAAACCAUCGAAAUGGGACGCAUAGAUUGACUCCUUUUACAUCAGACUUUUGAGAUUGUGAACGAGGCAACAAAACUUUGAUAGACAAUAAAUAGGGAAUAUCUCAAGACGUAGUAUUUAUGAUGAGAUGAUGUUGAUUUAACCUGCAGCGCGAAGAAUGAGGUGUAUUUGAUAUGAGCUAUGUUAAGUUAUGCAUAGACUUCGUUAAGAUAACAGGUCGAUAAAUUUCGCUGAUUUUACUCCUGAGCUGACCGAAAAUGCUGACAACAAAUUUUAUUUUUAAUGUUGUAGUGUAGUUAUAUUAGUGAAUUUUUUAUGUAUUUUUUAGAAAAUUUAUGGUAAAAUGGCAAUUUGAAGUAAUAUACACAUAAAAUCAAACAAGCUACAAAAAACUUGUAACUCUGAGUGGAAGAGUAAGAAUAUAUGAUAUUUUAAUUCAGCAUAAUAUGAAUAGACACGGCAAUUGUUUGCGAGAUCCAGACAUAGAUUAAUAUUCAUAAAACGAUACCUCUAGAUAGUUGAAUUAGUAACUGUUCUACAUAUUUACUUGUACAUGUUUGUGAGUACUAUAAGGUGGGAAAAUUAUCGCCUUACGAAGCCACUUAUUCCUUGGACCACCCUAACACUCUGUUCCAAAUUUGUUCAACAUUUACUUAUUUUCAAAUUGGAGUGUUAUCAUGGGAAAAAAUCAUCAAAAUGUAUUAUGACACUUUUCUUUAAGUCCUAAUCUUAAAUAAGGGCAAAAUUUGUAAUUUUAUUUUUUGCAUAAGCCACAACAAAAUUGAAGCGACCAAUGGAUAUGAAUAUAGCUCAUACAAUGUUAACGUAUACAUAGAACCAGAGGCUCUCAAAUUUUUCAACAAGAACAAGGAGAUUUGACCAAGUUCCAGAAUAUUAAUACUAGCAUUUCUCGGAGAUAAAUUAUGCUCUAAUUUUUGUUUUGCCCUUAAGGCCCGAUUUCUUUUUUAAACCAGGCUUAUCAGUACGUUUAAACCUGGCUUAAACGUUAAGCGAGGAUGAAGAAAUCGGUCAUAAGUGUUUUAAAGUGAGCUCAUAUGUAAAGUGGAACUAAGGUACUCCUCGAAAAACUUCAAGACUGAAACUAGUAAGACGACGCCAGCUCUUAAAAAGUGUUAUUUGGCAUUAAAUUGUUUUAUCAACAAGAAAAAAUAAUCGAAUGAAAAUUACAUGCCUUUUUUGAAUACGUCAUUUAACAAAAUUAGUCUUGAAAGAUGUUAACAUAUUUGAUUAAACAAUAUCUUAGGUAAAAACUAUCUCCUACAUGGUGUUUCUUGCAAAACGAGGCGGUGUUUUUGACUGCCUUAAAUUGCUGUUUUAAUAUGUCUGGAUCCAAUAUCAGAAGAACGGCACCAGAAACAUUCCGUGUCCAUUCAUGUUCCAAACAAAGAUAAUGGCAAUGAACAACUCAACAACCGGAUGUAUUUACACUUCAGCCAAUGAUUUACAUUCGAAAGAGCUUUCGAUUUCGAACUACAUAUUAUUGAACCCAUUACGUUCGCUCAGUCCAACCGUCCAGAUAUCACAUUCUUUUGUGUUUAUUUACAAUCAUACCGCUGGCGGAUGUGUUCUCCGAUGAUGAGUCUACCAGCCAGGUCCAAUUAAGAAAUUUAAUUGAUGAAAAAAAAGAUUGAAACAUUUUCCAACGGUAAUUUUGGCCCGGCCCAAUACGCAAUCAGAACCGAGUGAAACGGAGAAAGGAUUAUACUGACCGCCAAUGUAGCAAGAUGAGCGUUGAACAAUUGUAAAUAAUUUAAUUUAGUUAAAGCAUGAAAACGUUUAAAUUAUUGAAAAUAAAUUACGAUGCGCCAUUAAUGUUUCUUGGUAGAUGUUAUUCAAUUGUUUUGGAAACUUGCAGCGGAUAGUUGAAGUCAUUUAAAACGAUUUUGAGGGAAAUAAGAUAAGAAAGAACUUAAUUUACUAAUGUACAAAUUAAUGGCCGAUAAGUCACGCUGGAAGAAGGAUUGUUCUUAAAAACAGGAAUAGCAGCAAAGUUGUACAAUUGAUCGAUGAAUUUUGGAUGAACUCUGCAAGAAAAUAAAUGCUAGUUGCUUGCUGCAGGCACUGUGCGAUCUUAACAUAUGUUAAAAGAUUUAUGGUUUCUGGAAGGAAUAACAUACCAUUUAGAAUAGAGCAGGAAACAAUACAUAACUUUUUAGUAAAAUA